AUGUCAAAUAGCGAAAAAGAUAGAUUAUGUGAUGGUCUUAAUUUUCAAUUAACAUUGGACAGAUUUAAUCAACAACGAAGUAGAUCAACAACUUUAAAAAGAAUAGCAACAAGUGAAGGGCAAAGAUUUGGUGAAAAUUCCGAUGAUGAAUAUAUUAAUGGUCAAUGGCAGAAUAAUAAUAAUCAGAGACGACAACAAUUAUCAUCAAAUACAGAUAAAAAUGAUAGGAAUAUUUCGAAUGGGAAUUCAUUACAAAUAUCUAAACAUGCAUUAAACUAUGCCAGUGAAUAUCAUUAUGCACCUUUUAAAUUAGAAUGUCAUCCAAAGCUAAUUGAUAAAAAACAAGGUCAAAAAUUAAUCAUGAACUUGAUUAAAUCGAUUAAAUCUGACUUUAUUACACAAAAUCCUAAGUUUAAUAAAAUAAUUUUAUUUGAUCUUUGGUGGAUUGAUUCCAAUGGUGAUUUACAAAUCAUCAUCAAAACAACUGAAUUAUAUGUUUAUUUAUUCAAAACAGAAAGAUAUCCGAAAGAAUUGAAUGGCAUCAAAAUCAUUCCUCAUCAUCCUUCUCAUCUUCCUCCACAACACACUGUUAUAAUAAAAUGGGUACAUCAUUCGAUUUCAAAUGAUGAUAUUAAAGAAGUAUUAAAUUCAAAAUAUGAAAGUAUAUUUUCAAUUGGGGAAAUGAUUGGAUCCAUUAAUGAUAAAACUCGUCAUGUAAAAAUUGAAUUAUUGAGUAAAAAUGAAUAUAAUAGUUUAUUAAAUGGUGGUAAAAUUAGUUUGUUUGGUCAUCUUUUUGAUGUUGAUGAAUUUCUUCCAGCACCAAAAGUAUUAAUCUGUGGUCGUUAUAAUUAUCGUCGACAAUUAAUCGAUGAAUUAAAAAAACACCCUGAAAGAUUGCCACCUGAUACACAUUUGUUUAUACCUUCUGAAUAUCGUAGUCAAAAUGAUAAAUCAAAAUCAAUAUAUAAUCAUGAAGUUUAUGAAUACCAGCAAUACCAUCGUUCAUCUCAAUUUCAAAGUAGAACAUACUACAAUCCCUGGCCAGAAAUUAAUUGUACCACAUCAACAACAACUAGCAAUAUUAUGAAUAUGAGUGGAACGAUUAAAAGUUUGUCUGAAGAACUUAAACAAGUACAACAGCGACAUGAAAAUGAACAAAAACGUAUUGAACAAAAAUUUAAAACUAGCUUGAUGAUGAUGAAUCAAGCAUUUAUUAUAAUGCAACAAAUACAACAAACACAACAAACAAUGAUUCGUACAAUGAAUGUUGCAGUUAGUCAAAACAUGUUCUCUACAUGUAUGAAAUUAACUGAACAUGUGCAUUCAAUUGUUAUGAAAUUAAAACCUCAAGUAAAUAAUAAUGAAUUUGAUGAAAUAAUACAACAAAUCAACGAUCAUGGUCAAUUCCUUACUGAAGCUCAUAAUGAAUAUUGUCAACAUCAAGAUGAAUUAAAAAAUAUUUCAACUAAACAAAUGCAAGCAUUAACCCAAGCAUUUGAUGUUGUAUUUAAAAAUGAUGAUAAUUAG